AGACGAAGAAGAAGACUUCGUAUGCUUUUUACAUUACGGUAAAUUUUAUGGGGUCACUAGUUCUUGUUGUGGUAAAUGAGCCAUCACUCUAUAUAUGAUGCUCCUGCUAUGGUUCUAAGCACAUCUGAGAAAGCUUGAAAAUGACCAUCCAGAACAUAUUUAGCAGCGGGUUAGAAUUGGCAAAUUCAUUGGUGAACUCUGAUCCUUUACAGCAGGCAUGGAAUGCAAUUGAGAACCAUCCAGAGCAAACAUCAUUGUACAAUGUGACUAAACUGCCAGAGUCAAAUUGUACCAUCAUAAGUUUCAAAGCUCCGGCAUCCAUGUGUUCUCAGAUUCAGGGGAAACAAAGCUUGGUUAAUUCAUCAACGGAUUCAACUCUAAAGAAAUUUGAAUUUUUGUGCAACAAAAAGAACCCAAGUUUCUCUGUCAAUGAAGCAGCAGUCAGCCUCUUUAGCCAGCAGUUUGAUCAGCUGGAUCUUCUGAAAACCCAGCUGGUACAGAUUAGCAAGACUAAACCGACUAAACCCACUGAGCCCACUCCAUCAAUAAUAGUCACUGGACACUGUUUGGGAGGCUGUGCGGCUAUGCUCUUCUCCUUUUGGUUGUUAAAAAGCCUGGACUCAUCAAAAAGCAAACGCCUCCUUUGCAUUACUUUCGGUUCACCCCUCCUCGGGGAUGAACAACUCCGACAAUGUGUAUCCAAAUUCUCCACAUGGAAUUACUGCUUCUUGCAUGUUGUAUCUAACAAAGAUCCUACACCUAAAUUGUUUCAACCCCCAGGUCCUAGUGGUGUUUAUAAGCCUUUUGGAACAUUCCUACUAUGCUCUGCUUCGGGUUGUGCUUGCUUUGAGGACCCAGAUUUCAUUUUGGGACAGUUGGUGGCAUACGACUCUCAAAGUCCUGAUUAUGGACAAAUUUUGGAAGAUUUCAAGCUUAGGGCGUUUUGUAACAACAGUUUCAAGUUUGAAGGCGAAAUAGAUCCACUUCAAGCUAGCAUUAAAACACAACUGCUAGCAAUUGGUGUUCUCCUUCCCCAGCAAGAACCAAGUAUGGAGAUCAAAAAACUGAUUGGAGAGAUGAAAUCAAAACAUGAAAGGAAAGUAAUAACUCAAAAGAAGAAGGUUUCGGAUUCAGACAAGAAAUUGAAUGAAAUGAAAAUGAAUAUGGCCAAAUUGGAGUGGUACAAGAAAGACUCCAAACAGAAGAACAUUGGAUACUAUGACAUGUACAAAAAGCAGGGGAAUCCUAGUGAUAUUAAUGCUAAUGAGUAUAAAAAGAAGCUGAUGAAUUACUGGGAGGACUCCGUUGCAGAAGUAGAAGAUGCGCCCCAGAUGGAAGGAGGUCAUUUUCGAGUUCGUUGGCUUUAUGGAGGCACAAACUACAGAAGGAUGAUCGAGCCACUUCACAUUGCAGAAUACUACAAGGAUAGUGGGACAGAUUACAUAACUGGUGGUAAAAGGCCUAAACAGUUCAUUCUAUUGGAGCAAUGGCACAUGAAGAAGCAAGAGGAAGAUAAGAAGAAAGAGGAGAAGAAAAAACAAGAAGAAGAAAAGAAGAAGCAGGAACAAGAGCAGGAGCAGAAGCCUCAAGCUAGCCCAAGCAAUAAGAAAAGAGAGAUGGUGUCUGCUAUCUUAACUGAGGAUUCUUGUUUUUGGGCACAUGUUGAGGAGGCCAUCAUCUUAUGCAAUCUGCUGAAGAAUGGAGGAUCAACUACUGACGCAGAGAAAGUAGCAUACGAGGGAAAGUUGAAAGAGUUUGAGGCUUAUGUGUGGGAUACCCUCAAGAAUUAUGCAGUGUCAUCUGAGAUCUUCUUGGGGGAAAGCAGUUUUAUGCGUUGGUGGAAAGAGUAUAAGGGAGUAACUGCAGACCUCUCGGGCACAUUACUUGGCCAAUUCAUGGUGGCUCGUACUUACCUGAAGUACGGGGUUGAGGACCUGGUGUUCGCCUGAUUGGCUAAUUCACAGUUUGAUGAAUAUUUCUUUGCUUGUAUUUGUUUCAUCUCAGGGCUACUUUUGUUUUUUUGUUUUUUAGAAUCGGCUAUUUGUCUUUGGUGGUUCAAUAAACUCUGUUGUAAAUGCACUGGAGACUGUCAAUAGCCCUUUUGUGGGAGAAGAUUGGUUUUGCUGUAUUCCUUAUUUCCUUUGUGUAGUCAAUAAUUUUAUCUGAUCUUGUUUUGUGCCACUAGGCUCGA